AUGAAUAAAAAAUGGAUUAUUUUUUAUAUACUUAUUCUUUUUUUAAUUUUAAUUGUAUCAAAUAUAAUUAUUUUAUGGAUUUUAUCAUUUAUCUAUAAUGAUAGAAUAUCAAUUGAUACAAAAAAAAUACGUACUAUAGAUAUUACUUAUUAUUUUAGAAAAAAUGUACCUCAGAAUAUUUAUAUUUUAUCAAUUUUAGAAUUUUUAAUAUACAUAAAUAAGGAAUUUUUAAAUAAACCAAUAUUUUCAUAA